AUGGCGUCGCUUCAUCUACCACAGUCCGCCAACACCGUCGAGGUCUGCCUCAUCGACUCAGGUGCCCGUCUGGACUUCCCAGCGCAGGAAUUCAUGACCCCGGCAAUCCGAGGCUACGACCGCAUGGCCGUGCCAUCAUACUGCUUUCUUGUUACGCACCCAUCGGGCCAGCGCAUCUUGUUCGACCUCUCCAUCCGGUCCGACUUCCAGAACCUGGCCCCGAUCUUUGCCGAGCGCUGCACCAACACUGCCAGCAGUGACUGGAAGAUAUUCUCCCCGUACAACGUCUCAGAUAUCCUGGUCACGAACGGGGUGCCGCUCACUGAGAUCAACGCCAUUAUCUGGUCGCAUUACCAUUUCGACCACACCGGCGAUCCGUCCUUGUUCCCCACGUCGACUGAUCUGGUCGUGGGGCCGGGGUUCACCAGGAACUUUACACCGGGAUGGCCCGAGCAACCUGGUUCUCCGGUGAAAUCAGCAGAUUGGGCAGGCCGCAGCCUGCGAGAAAUCCAGUUUGACGAGCAGCAGCUGAAGAUCGGUCGCUUUCCCGCCGUGGACUGGUUCGGCGAUGGAAGCUUCUAUCUUCUGCACACCCCAGGUCAUACACCGGAUCACAUGGUUGGAUUGGCUCGCGUGCAGUCGGACUCAUUCGUUCUCAUGGGUGCGGAUUUCGCUCACCACCCCGGCGAGUUCCGACCCUCAAAGCACAUUCCUAUCCCUGAGACGAUCCAGCCAUCUCCACUGCCUUCCCACCCCCGAUUCGGGAGUGUCUGUCCCGGCCAUCUCUUCCACUCCUUGGGCCGUCACCCAGGGGCGAAUGACAGGGCGUUCUUCGAGCCCGCGGAAGAGUUCACCAAUGACUUCGACCAGUGUCUCUGCACAAUUGAUGGCCUCACCGAAUUUGACGCUGACGAGCGGGUCCUGGUGCUGACGGCCCACGACCACAGUCUCUUGCCUAUCUUCACGGGCGCCGAGGAUGGGGAUGCCGGCUGGUGCUUCCCGCAUCGGACACUCAAUGGUUGGCGGGAGGCGGGGCUGGCCGAACGGGGAAGGUGGCGGUUUCUGAACGAUUUCCGGGAUGCCGUUGGGGAAGAGUGAGGGCCUGGAAAAGUGGGUAGAAAGUUGGAGAUUCGGGGAUUCGGAGAGUUGGGGGUGGGGCAGAUAGAGUUCGGAGAAUCAAGCUGUGAAGUCCUUCGCUUUUGAUUCCUUCGCUUUUGAUUCCUUCGCUUUUGUGGAUCUAGAUCGCUGUAACAC